AUGCCCUAUGGUAAUUUGUCGGACAAUGAGGUCAACCCCAAAGUGACUGGUGAUGAGGUUGAGCAUGGCGUCGAGUCUGGGCAAGCAUCACCAACUGAAGUUAGAGAGGGUUUGAAUGUCGACGGCGCCGCUGACCAGAACAUUGACAAGACCACUAGACAGGAUGUCGAGCAAACUAUCGUUGACCCUAGUGUCGGGCAGGCCGUCAACGCGAAGGUAGAGCAGACUGCCAAACCAGGUUCUAAAACGACUGGGGAUCAAGGUUUCAAGAAAACCACCGAUCAUAAAGUCGAGAAAUCUGCCUGA